UUUUUUUUUUUUUUUUUUUUUUAAAAUAUCUAUAACCAAACAUGGCUGACGGGAAUCUCCAUCAACUUGGUGAAGAAUAUCAACAACUUCGACAAACUCCUAACCAAAAGGACAAACAAGAAAGAAAAUAUCAAGUCAUGAAUACGAUAGUGGAACAAUUAGGUUUACCUGGUACACCAGCAGCAGAUAUCUUAUCUACUUUGGGGAAACCUGAUGAAAUGACACCUCUUUUACAACAUGAAGUAGCACCUACCAUGAUGCCUGGACCUGUGAUAGACGAUGGUCACUCUACAACUAUUCGACCUCCCUAUUAUUUUGUUUAUUAUUGUCAAGGUAAACAGGAUUAUUAUUAUUUCAAGAUUGAUUCUGUCAAGGAAACCGUGAUUACUUCCGAUUGGCAUCAUGAAAAAUGAUAUCUUUACUUAGUGUGCAUGAUUUAAUGUAGAUUAUCAAUAAAACAGAAGCUCUUUUUUUUUUUUUAUG